CCUGGUUGGAGCCACACCUCAGAGAGAGAGAGAGAGUGAGAGAGAGAGAGAGACGUUAGAGCUACAGCUGGUUCUGAUCUCAGUCUGACGCCUUCAGCCCGACCAACACCUCCUCGUCUUCCUCCUCUUCCUCGUCUUCUUCUUCUGAUCAAACCUGAAGCUGUCGUCACAGUUUGGAUAUUAAAACACAAACUUUUUUCAUCAGUGGACUUUAACGGAUUCUGUCAGUUUUGUGGGAAGACAUUUUUUUUGCUCUAUUUUAGUUAAUUUAAUUUAAUACUUCCCUCUUUGAAUUUGUGGAUAUUUGAUAUUUUUCUUCAGUCUCCUGGCGUCCUUCAGUGGACAGUUUUCGCUCUGAGGGUAUAUUUGGGUUUUUCUGCGUGUCGCUGCUGGUUCAGGUUUUUGUCUGAAUGCCCCAGGAUUAUCCAUCGGCUGCACUUCCUCCCCCGGCGUGCAGGGCGGCAGCAGAGAGCGGCGGCCAGCCGCUGGACAGGCGCAGCGUCGGCAUGAGCGACUUCUGGCACAAGAUGGGCUGCUGCGUGGUAGCGAAACCACCGCCGAAGAAGAAGAGGAGGAGGAUUGAUCGCACUAUGAUCGGAGAGCCGACCAACUUCAUUCACCUCACACACAUCGGCUCUGGAGAGAUGGCCGAGGGGCUGCAGCCGUCGGGGUCGGUUCAGGAACAGAUGAGGUCUAAAGGCCCGAGCGUGAACGGCAGGAACAGCCUGUUAUAGCCGGAGUGUAUUAAACUGACGUAGACCAGCUGACCGACCUCCUUCCUCCACGACGACCUUCACUCUCCUCUCCGACAUCUGAUCGCCGACUGAAGGCUCCAACUGCCCUGCUGGAGUUCCCCUCAGCAAUGUGCAGCACCGCCAGCCACCUGCAGGGGGGCGCCGUCCUGACCCGGAAAAGACAAAUCUCUACUUUGAGGAUCAUCACUUUCUUAUUUUCUGAAAAUCAUUAAAACAAAAACAUCCAGUCAUGAGUCCAGAUGGAGUUUUUCUACAUCUCAGGUCCAAUAAAACACCAGCUCUGCAUCGGAUCCAGGAACAACAAAACCAAGGCAAGGACUACAUCUCCCAGCAUGCCUUUAAACUCCGUCUACGUCUACGCUGACAUCGAGGAAACAAAUUUAGAUCAGAGUAAAAGAAAUGUCUUGUGCUCACCACUAGAGGGCAGACAUGAAGAGGUCCCCGUCAGUAUUACAUCAAACCGACCGAUGACAUCACUGGACUUCAUUUCCCAGAAUGCCGUUCUAUUCAGGAUAUGCGACAAAUGACAGAAUGUCUGUAUUUAAGAAAGAAAUUGUCACUAAACUUUUUUGUAAAAAAAGACUACAUUUCCCAGCAUUCAUAGGGAAGUUUCCGCUUCCCGUCGUGGAGACAAUCGUCCAUUUAAACCCUCCUGCUGGUGGAAAGUCUCUCUAACGUUUCCUCAAUGGACAUUUUGUUGUUUUUUUCUCUGUUCAUUGGUCACAUGGUCGCUUCAGUGAUGACAUCAUUGGACUUCGACUCCCAGGAUGCCUCACUGCUGGUGCUGAAUGAUUAAAGACUUUUAGGAGAUGGGAAAGUCCCCCCUAUGUGUGUGUGUGUGAUGUCAUCUGGUCUUAAUAUCCCACCAGUUUAAAUAUAAACGUUGCUUCACUGAACUCUCAGCGGGGAUUGGACACACAGAUCAAAACUUACAUUAGAAAAUUACCGGGUUUUUUAGAAGUUCCAUAUUUCCACGUAUAGAAAGAUUUUAUUUUUUUUUCUGCUCAUUUGACUACUCAAGCUGUGGGUCGGGGCCCUAAACGGGUCUUAAGCUGACAUACUUAGGGGACCCACGAAGACGGAAAUGUGUGAACUUUUAACUUCGGGGCGCCACUUUGAGACAUUUUUAAACAUUUCAUGCUGCAUCUGGCGGGAAGAUCAAGUGUUUAUCUGCUUUAUAUUUUUAAUAUUUGAACGUUAUUUUUUAAUUUUCUGCUGUUUUUGGGUGAUUUGCUGUAUGAUUUCUCCUGAUGUCACUGUGUGUUUUUUCUAUUUUGUUUUGCUUCCGUCUGGUUGCAGAGCUUCGGUUCAGUUUGGGUCUCUCGAUAUAUUGAAGAUUUCUAACAUUAGAGAGGUCGUGGGAAAGAUUAGACAUCCUUUGCAAAGUUUCUUUAAAUAUAAGAUGACGAAAAAAAAUAACUUUGAUUAAAUGUAAGUAUAUAAAUUCCCCCAAAAAGUUUAAUUCCAGCACUUUAUAGAAAGCUGUAACAGGAGGAGGCUAGGGCUUUAGAGUCCAACCCACCAACCAAACUCUAUACAGUUUUCUGUGUAUUUAAACAAACCUAAAAAAAACACAUUGUAUUUAUGCAUUUAUCUGUUCCAUUACAUUUUCUGUAAUAUGUAUGUCACUACAUUACGGUCUAAAUAUUUCAAAGCUUCUCUACAGUGUGUGUUGUGUAAUUCUGGUGAAAAAUAUGAACUCCUAUUUAAUUUAUUUAGUUGUUUUUGCCUUAAAAUUGUCUGAUUUUAAAAGAUAAUUAGAUUAAAAAUAGAUCAAAAUCAACCUUGAAACAACCCAACAUGUUCAGCUGUAGAGUGGAAACUACUGUUUAUGUUAUUAAACCCCCAAAUUACCAGAAAUAGUGUUGACAUGACCUCAGUAUUCUGACCACACCAGACUUCUAUUGACAAAACUGAUUUUACUCAGACUGGACAGUCGAGACUUGUUUUU